GACGAAACUUGAUAUACAAUUUGGCUUGACACGAGACAUAGCUACGAUUUUGUCGUGGUGGUUUUAUUACUUUCAUUUUGCACUUUUAUACAUGAGUCACGAUGAAUCAACAAUUCUUCAUAAUCUAACAAGCGUGACGGCGUAUUUCAAAUAACUACGCAAACUGCUUCCUUCGUCGCACUUUUUAACAAUAUGCCUUGGAGCGAGGCUCAAAGAAAUCUGUUCGCAGUGGAGAAGACUCUCCUAGAUCAUUACCUUCCCGGCAAUGUGAAAUGGAUUGAUCCAACGGGCGAUACGAACUGGAAGUUACGCUGAAAACAAACAACGACAACGAAUACACUCUCAGGAUUUACAUCGGCGAUUUUCCAAAUUCAGUCCCGGAUAUGGUGGUUGUUUCUUCACCCAAUCCGAUGCCUGAUUGGAACGGGAGUAAUCAUACUUUAUCAAAACGUGAUGGUUAUGUGAGAACAUGCCACUAUCACCCCAGCCAAUGGACGAAUCGUUCUUCGCUGUAUGAAGUCAUUAUGAAAGGAAGAGUUUGGCUCGAAGCCUACAAAGGUCAUUUGAGAACAGAGGGACCUAUGGACUAUUUCAUUGUCGAUAUUUGGAUGAAGUUUUAAUGAUGGAGAACUCGGAAGCUAUAACUGCAAGGAGAUCACCAUUUAGUUAUGACUAUAGUACAACAAACUUUCGAGUUUCGACCUUCCACAGUUCCACCAAAAAAGUGAUGUCUUUGUCAUGGGUACAUUUUAACGACUGAUGGCAGAUAAAUUCCGAGUAAUAACUUCACGGAUUCCAAGAAUAACUGAGGUUCAAAACGUAUGCAAAUUUAUUAAAGUGAAACUAAACAAAAACAAGACGAUUUUGUUCAUAUAAAUAUAGUAACGGAAUAAAUAUCUAGUGUAUUAUAGAAUAAAGUUAGGGUUUGUAAGGCAGGUUCACAAGGAACAUGAAGUUAGUUCAAUUUCUCAUUGCCGGCAUUAACAUUGUCGUCUUUAUAAACAAAUACAAGUCACAACUCAAUUAUUUACGAGAAAAUGUAUGCAUUAGCUAGCAGCCAUAACAACAGCCAACAGCUAGUCUGUUUAUGGACUAUUCCGUGCCUUCUUCACGCCAGGAUUAUUUCAUUCGUUCAUUCCGUUGCAUAAACCAUGUCUAUUAAAACUGAAACAACUUGGUUGUAAUUUAAUCUCUAAUAUACAUGCACAACUAAAAUGGCGUAUGGACCUCACGGUGACAUUAAAGCUAUUCCAGUUGUUGGUGAAGAAAGCGAACACAUGAUGAUGUUUUUUAACAUCGCUAAAGGAAAGUUUGAUUUUCUUCCUGCAGAAACUAAGAUGGUUUUUGAAACUGAAACUGGAGAGCUGUUUACCGUCCGCGAUUCAGGAAAUAAAAAUAUUCAUCUCAGCAACGACGAGAAGCUCCUUCACGAACCGAAUACACGGACAGAUAAACUAGAAAAGCCGGGUAAAAAUAUAGAGGAAUAUUUUGAUAUUUACGACAGCGUUGAAGAAGAGGUUGAAGAGGUUCUUCGCCUACCAAAGCCAAAGGCAAAUACGAGAACAGCUGGAAUUGAGAAACUAGAAGAAAAUAUGAAAGAGUGUGUAGCAGCUGUUCACGACAACGAUGAGGAAAUACCUCGCGUACCGAAUACAAGAGCAGGUGAACUUCAGAAACCGAAGGAAGAUAUAAAAGAUUGUGCAGGCAUUGACAGCAAAAACGACAACAACAAAUGUACGAGUGAGAGCAACACAAAGACGUGUCUUGGUUCCUGCUUCAGGAGAGAAGAAAAUGUUGAUAACCAGAUUUAUCUGGGCAUGGCAGAAAAUGGAUUUUAUUUUUACUACUCAUGACUGAGUUUAUGCGAGGAAUGACCUCGUCAACAUUAUCAGAGUCUUUUAACUUUAACAAUGCUGUUAUGUUAUAUGUAUAUGUUAUUAUGGAAUUAAUGUAGACUGAUUUGUUGCAUGUGUAUAAAUGUAUGCAUACAUAGUUUUACUUUGAUUUAUUGUACAGUUUAUGAAGUCUCUGUAAAUAAGAAUCUGUAUAAUGAAAGAUGACUGGUCAGUGGUCAAUCAUACUAACUCGCGCAAGACUCGUUUCCAAGACCUCGUCUCUCAAAUCAAGUCACAUCGCUGUCAGUGGUAGCUCAUAACGACAAAGGAAGGCAAACGUGGUACGCAAGUAACGCAACGCAACACAACACAACACAAUUGAACUAAAAUGAGUGACAAUCGUGCGGAUGCUGAAAAAGUUCAAGAUGUGCUUCAUGACAGAGCUGUGUUCAAUGAACGAGAAUUGAAAUGGGCAAGUGGAUCAAUUCAGACAUUGAAAUUCGAUCAACAAACUGGAAAAUUAAUUGUAAUUUCGACAUCGAAUUCUGACGAUACCGUCGGAAUACCUGUAGCCAGGUCUGGCUUCUUUUCCAGAUUAAUCAUCGCCGAUGAUAUCAAUAGCUAGUGGAGAGUUGGAACGUGAAAAGGAAAAUUGACGAUCUUAUUUCUAUUUGAAUAUUCAUAUGAACGGGAUUUCACGUUUGGACUGUACGGGCACUAUAUAUACUGACAUAUUAUAACGUGUAUUUCACCAUUUCAGCAUCAUUUACUUCGGGAUUGAUUUUAUUUAGCUAUAAAUCAACUGUGGUUUAAUAAUUGUGGACAUAUGUAUUUAAUUAAUUGAGAUAUAAAUGUUGCAUACGUUACAUAUCUUCCUGCCAGAAAAAAAUUAUUUUUGAAGUCUGGAUUUCGUGGUCUUCCUAUAAUUAUUUUAUGUAUAAAUAUUUCUCUGAACAAAUAAAAAACAAUAUAUUAUAGAUAGUGGUAUGACGAAACUUGAUAUACAAUUUGGCUUGACACGAGACAUAGCUACGAUUUUGUCGUGGUGGUUUUAUUACUUUCAUUUUGCACUUUUAUACAUGAGUCACGAUGAAUCAACAAUUCUUCAUAAUCUAACAAGCGUGACGGCGUAUUUCAAAUAACUACGCAAACUGCUUCCUUCGUCGCACUUUUCAACAAUAUGCCUCGGAGCGAAGCUCAAAGAAAUCGGUUGGCAGCGGAGAAGACUCUCCUAGAUCAUUACCUUCCCGGCAAUGUGAAAUGGAUUGAUCCAACGGGCGAUACGAAACUGGAAGUGACGUUGAAAACAAACAACGACAACGAAUACACUCUCAGGAUUUACAUCGGCGAUUUUCCAAAUUCAGUCCCGGAUAUGGUCGUUGUUUCUUCACCCAAUCCGAUGCCUGAUUGGAACGGGAGUAAUCAUACUUUAUCAAAACGUGAUGGUUAUGUGAGGAUAUGCCACUAUCACCCCAGCCAAUGGACAAAUCGUUCUUCGCUGUGCGAAGUCAUUAUGAAAGGAAGAGUCUGGCUUGAAGCCUACGAAGGUCAUUUGAGAACAGAGGAGUCUAUGGACUAUUUCCUUCCUGAGAUGGAGGGUCGUGGACUUGGUUGUCAGUGUAUGUGAUGUAAGACGGACAUAAAUAAACAAAAUUUGGACUUAACGUGUAAAUAAAUGUCAAAUUUUUAUAGCCAUGCAUAUAGGCUUAUAGCGUUUACCAAUGUAUACGAUAUAUUCAUUUUUAUAUAUAAAUGAAUCUGUUGGGCGUUUUAGUUUCUGUUAUAAUGAUAAUACUAAUUCAAAACCGUAAUCAUAUCUAUAGACGCAAGAACAAACUAUCUUGCGCGUAUAUACGAUAUGUGACUUGUGGCAACAUUCCGCAAGUUCCUAUUCAGUGGAAAAAAGCUAUUUGAGUAUAAGAUGGAAAAUUAUAACUUUCAACAAUGAUGAAGACUCUAUAAAAUUGAAAAUAGUUUCAUUUUAACUGACAAAGAAGCUCCCUACUGGCUAAUGCAAUUGUGGAAUCCUGCUUAAACCUGCAGUUUCAAAAUCAUUUGAAGAAAAGAAUCAUAGCUGCAUAGCUUCGGUUAUGAGGUUAGGAGGGAAGACAAGGUUGAAAUCACAGCAGGCAGGAACGAAUUUGUCUAUUGAAACUUAACGAGAGCGAAAUUUACAUGAUCUUAACUAUAUAUAGCUUGUUAUAACUUAACUAUAUAUAACUAUAUAUAGCAAAAUAGUUGUUAUGGGCUAAUAGUUGCUAUGCAGGCUAUACGCCAUGGCCACUGAUGUAUUUCUGAGAAAAAGCCAUAAACAAACAUGCAAAUUCGACACGUAGCAACGCACCUAAACUGAAACCAACUAGGGAAAGAGCGCGUUAUUGAACUCUCGUAUCAAAAACAAUUAAGAUAUGCCUUGGAGUGAAGCCCAGAGGAAGCAGUUAGCUGCUGAAAAGACCGCAUUGGAUCUUUCUUUCCCGGCAGUGUGAAAUGGAUCGAUCCAACUGGCGAUACGAAAGUAGAACUAAAAGUCUAAAACUGAAAGGAAUUGCAGACUAUAGUAUUAUACACAGCUUUUCCUCAUCAUAAUUAUGAUUUUUUAUUUAGUUUGUCAAACUACAGCUAUAGAAACAGCUAUAAUACUAGCGUUGAUUCCCUAAACAAACAUAUAAUAGAUGUCUAUAGUUAAAGGGUUAUAUCGCUUGGUUUGUGGCUGUUUAACGGGAAUUGUGAGGCGGAAAAACACUUUGCAUGGUGUGUCUUUGGCUCUGCACAGCAGGGGUAAUUUAAGUUUCCAAGUAUUCGUUUUCCUGCAAUCGAAACAGAAACGAAUAAGCAGGUCUGCCGCGGAUACGAACAGCUUGAAUAACGCAGCC